AUGCCAGGAAAGAUUCCAUUAGACAAAGCCACCCUCAUGAUUCCUACAUGUACCGGCGAACGGGACGUUUACCAAUUCAUAAAAGCUUGCGAUUUAGCAUGUUCAGCAGUAGAGAAAGAAGACCUGCCCAUACUCACGAAAUUUAUUAAUACCAAGUUGUUCGACCAAGCUUUAAAUGUGUGUCGCUAUAGGGACACCAGUCGCUUAUAG